AUGGUUUUAUUUCAGGAGGGUCUCAGGAUCAAAAUGAAGGAUUUACAGAAUACACUUGAAGACUAUGAACAAGUAAAACUCAGUUGUGACCACACUGCAGAGUACAUUAAGGUUCAGUCCAAUAACACGGAGAAGCAGAUCAAGGAAGACUUUGAGAAGCUUCACCAGUUUCUUCGAGAUGAAGAGGCAGCCAGGAUAUCUGCACUGUGGAAGGAGGAAGGUCAGAAGAGUCGGAUGAUGAAGGAGAAGAUUGAGCAGAUGGUCAGAGAGAUCUCAUCUCUUUCGGACUCAAUCAGAGUUGUAAAGGAGAAAAUGGGAGCUGAUGAUGUGUCAUUGCUGCAGAACUACAAGAGCACAUUGGAAAGAGCCCAGUGCGCACUGCAGAAUCCAGAGAGGGUUUCAGGGGCUCUGAUCAAUGUGGCAAAGCACCUGGGCAACUUGAAGUUCAGAGUCUGGGAGAAGAUGUAGGACAUGGUUCAGUACUCUUCUGUGAUACUGGAUCCCAACAUUGCACACCCAAACCUCAUGCUGUCUGAGGAUCUGACCAGUGUGAGAUUCAGUUUUAAAAGAAUCCAGCAUCACCAUCCUAACAACCCAGAGAGAUAUUAUAGCAGUGUGCCCCGUGUUGUGGACUGUCGGGGCUUUAGCGCAGGGACCCACUGCUGGGAUGUGGAAGUUGGAGAUGGAAGUGGUGCCUGGCACCUGGGAGUACAGACUGAGUCUGGUCAGAGUAGGUGGAAGGAUUCCAUCUGUAGGUCCUGGAGUAUGGGAUAUUCUAAACAUGGAUACAAGGCACACUCCCCAUCCCAACCAGUCACUGUCCUUAAAGUAAAUGAGAAACCCCAGAGGAUCAGAGUGCAGCUGGACUGGGACAGAGGAGAGCUCUCAUUCUAUGACCCUGAUAAUAACACAAACCUGCAUUCCUUCACACACACUUUCACUGGGAAACUGUUUCCAUUCUUUAUCACAUGGUCCUCUCUGAGGAUCUUACCAGUGAAGGCUGCAGUAUCAGUGGAUCAGUUUGGGCAGAGUUCACACACCUGCAGCAGUGGGUUCCCUGCUGGAGGGACACCGUGACAACACAUGUUCAGACAAGCGUUUUUCAGUAUAUAAACUUUAGUCUUCAGUCAAUAAGUUCUCUGCUGUGCAUCACCAAAGUAAUCUCACAUGACUGUGUUCAUCUGCUGCCACCUGGCAGAGAGGAAGAAACCUGACAGUGCAGACCUACUUCACUAGUUUGUGGCCAUCACUAAAUAUUUCCGUUGUUGUCAAGCAAACCAUCAGUGACGUUCAUGUCAAGACAUUUUGAAUAAUUUUGUGUUGGUUUAUUUUAUUGUUAUUUUAUUGUCAUGAGGAAUGUAUAAAGUAAUCUGGUAAAUUCAGCCGUAAAGACAGACAGUUGAGGAGGAGAUGGGAUACUUAUUAGAUUACUUCAGUUCUGAUCAACUCGACAACAGUUAAUGUAACAUUAGUUCUCAGCUCAUGACAACCUUACGGCUGUGCUGUUGUGGAAGCUAUGUUGGUUAUUUCGGUGGGUUAUUGUG